GUCAAAUACCAGUGAGCGAGCCGCACAGCCCCACAAUAAUGUGGCUCAUUGAAAGACAGGCGGUCAGACAGUAGCUACAUUUUGUUUUUCACAACAGAUUGCUCUGGUCGAAUAAGAAUUUAAGCCCUCCCCAUCAAUUGAUUUAAAGAGACGUUUUGAAAUUGACAUUUGUCAUUGCUUAGCAUUCAUUUCUGAAAGAAAAUGGCCGAUGUAGAGACUGGUGGCGCUGCCCCGGAGAAGAGCCUGGAUGAUUUCUUUGCCAAGAGGGAUAAAAAAAAGAAGAAAGAAAAGGGAGGCAAGGGAAAAGAAGCCCCAUCUGGGCCCACACCAAUUGUAUUGAAAAAGAACAAGAAGGAAAAGGAGAAGUUCGGCACGAAAAAUGAAAAUCAAGAUGCGCAGCCGGAGAAGGAGGAUGAGGAGUGGAAGGAGUUUGAGGCAAAGGAGGUGGACUACAGUGGACUCAGACUGCAGGCUCUGCAGAUAAGUGAUGAGAAGGAGGAAGAGGAGUAUGAGGAGGAGUUCGGUGAGGAUGGAGAGAUCAUCCUGGUUAGUGGAGACAAAAUUUCUGGGCCCUGGAACAAAUCUGGCGCCCCGCCUCCAGCCGCUGCACCUGUUGAGGUGGAAGAGGUGCCUGAGUCCAAGCCUUCUGGGGUGUACCGCCCCCCAGGUGCCCGACUGACUACCACAAAGCGUGGCCCCAACCAGGGGCCCCCUGAGAUCUUCAGCGACACACAGUUCCCGUCACUCGGGGCCGGCUCCAAGCAUGUGGAGACACGCAGGGACAGGGAGAUGGAGAAGACCUUUGAGGUUGUGAAACACAAAAACCGUGGCCGAGAGGAGGGCGGCAGUGGGGCUUCCCUGCAGCAGUUGGAGCUUGGUAACCAGUACGCCAUCCUGGGGGACAAGUAGUGCCCUGCACAGCCAGCGUGGUCUUGCCCAGCUGACAGAUGGCGCUGAACUACAGCACAGUUCUGACAACGAACUGGCGUUGCUGCCACCACAACACUGGACCUUCUCUCCUUCUCACACACCAAAGCACAAUACAUACAGUAUACAUACAAACACCUCACACAGUCAACCAUAUACACUGAGACACACACACACACUUUACAUUUACACAGACACUAUGUCAAUGCAUUCAUGUAUAUACAUUACAUACACAAAGCACCUGGUUGGCAAAACUGAAGGACUACAUCCAAAAGGGCUGUGGCAACAGGGAUCAACUGAAACAAAACAAAUAUAAAGUCUAUAUGACAGCAGCAACAACAGCAAAGGCAACGUUAGGUUGUCUUUUGUGGAUUGUAUUCAGAGCAGCAGUUGUAUGGUACAACUUCUCUCUGAACUUCAACUUUCUUUGAUAAAGCCACAGAGGAUCGAAGAAGACAAAUUGGGCAAGAUGAAUUUACGGAGUGUUGAGAAUGGAUAUAUUUUUUGCUAGAUUGUUAUAUCCCGAACUGCACAUGGUUUGUAAUUGUUGGGGUGUGUUGGAGUUAUGGUUUGGGCAAGUGAGCGGCGACUACCUGAGUUGAGCGGGCCUUUGCUGUUAUUGGUGGUGAGUGGGGCAAACACCAGCCCUGCAAAAGAGUGAACCACCAGGCUCUUUCACUUAGAAACUUUGUUUUCCUCAAGAAAGGGACUCCUGCAAAGAUCUGUGGACACGGGAGAGAAGUUAUGGUCCUCAUUCAGAAUUACUAUUUAAAAGUGGCCUUACUGUAAAGAGAAACUGCUUCGUCCUCUGGAGAGAAACCUGCUUGUCGUCUCAUGGGCUGUUGCCUGCCUUCUGGAUCUCACCACUUAAAGGGCAACCAACCAUCCCAGUUCAAUAAUGUAGUGCUGAGUUGUAGUUUGUCAGAAGAUUACACCGACUGUCCUUCAUAUCCACUGUUUGACUUGCUCACCCUUUUUUAUUUGAUUAUUAACAUUGGCAAACCAUUAUUAAAGGUCCUCUUUUCUAA